AUGGCGGAUCAAGCAGAGCGCAAGGAUCCCAAGCUUUUCGAGAAUAUCGGCGCACAAGUCGCGGACACCGCGGGAGAUGCGGACGACCAGCGAGUCGUGGAGGAGAUUUCCAGUCUAUGCAUGAAUUGUCAUGAAGAUGGCACCACACGACUCCUCCUCACCAGAAUACCAUACUUCCGCGAGAUCGUCAUCAUGUCCUUCGAAUGUCCAUCAUGCGGCCUCAAAAACUCUGAAGUUCAGCCCGCCGGCGAAAUCCAUGCAAAAGGCGCUCGCCACCGAUUCAAUAUACAGUCAUCCGCUGACCUCGGCCGACAAAUCGUCAAGAGCGACACUUGUACCGUGCGCAUCGAGGGAGCCGAUCUAGAAAUCCCCCCGGGGCGAGGCCAGAUGACCAACGUCGAGGGCAUCUUGGUCAUGGUUGCACAGGACCUGGAGUUGAAGCAACCGGAGCGAAAAGAGGUGGCGGCCGAGAUGUACGAGAAGGUUCAAUCGGUCAUCGACACGCUCUACAGCAUGUCCAAGGCGGAGAAGUUGCCGUUUGUCCUCGUCCUCGAUGACCCCGCAGGAAACUCGUGGAUCGAGCCAUCACCGCAGGACAUAUCAGGGAAAUGGAGCAAGCAUGAGUAUGUUCGGACUGCCGAACAGAAUACGGCGCUCGGAUUGUCCGGGGGCGCGGAAGAGGGCGCGGAAGAGGGCGCGGAAGAGGGCGCACAAGAGGAGACAAAUGGGGUGCAGAUGCGCCCGGAGUAUCAUCCAAGACAGAUGUACCCGAGCAUGCCAGCGGAGACGGGGACGACGAAUGUUGAUGCGGAGGACGAUAUCGUGGAGAACCAGGUGUACUCUUUCCCCGCUACCUGUCCCGGCUGCACGCGCCCUUGCGCGACGAACAUGAAGAUGGUCAACAUCCCUCACUUCAAACAAGUCGUGCUCAUGAGCACCGUCUGCGAGGAUUGCGGAUAUCGCAGCAACGAAGUCAAGACCGGCGGCGCGGUCCCCGACAAAGGCCGCCGCAUCACCGUCUCCGUCCAGAACGCCGAAGACCUUUCCCGCGAUAUCCUCAAAUCUGAGUCCUGCGCCCUAUCAUGCCCGGAACUCGAACUGAGCGUCGAGCCGGGGACGAUGGGCGGACGGUUCACGACGAUCGAAGGGCUGUUGACGCAAGUGCGCGACGACCUCCGCUCGUCGGUGUUUGACAUCGGCGACGCGAACGCGGGGGACAGCAUGCCGUCGACGGAGAAGGCGCGGUGGGCGUCGUUCUUCGGGCGGUUGGAUGGGGCGAUCAACGGCGCUGUGAAGUUCACGGUGGUGUUGGAGGAUCCGUUGGCGAGUAGUUAUGUGCAGAGCUUUAAGGCGCCGGAGCCGGACGAGCAGAUUACGUUGGAGGAUUAUGAGCGGACGGAGCAGGAGUUGGAGGAGUUGGGGUUGAAUGAUAUCAAGACGGAGGGGUAUGAGGAAGAUGCUGCAUAA